GGUAUAAACAUGAAGUCUCCUGAUUAUCUGGAAAAUAUCGACACUAUCAGAUAAAUCUGAGAGAUAUCAAGUAAAUCUCGGAGAUAGAGGGCAAGAAAUUGUUUCAUCCCUAUUUUUUCAAGACAAUGGGUUAUCUUGAAAAAGAGACAUACAUGAUGUAUUGGGGACGAGGCACUAUUUAUGGCCAAGGCCUAAUCUGUCCACGUGAUAUAAUAAUAAGAAAAUAAAAAAAUAAAAAGAUCGCCCAUCCUACCUGAUUGGCCAAGCAACGCAAGCAAACCGAAUGCUUCGCAACACACAAAACUCCACAAUAUAAUAAUCACCGUCCAUUCCUUUAUCCACGGCUACAGAUUCUCCAACCCCAAAAUAAUCCUAUAUAACCUCUCUUUUUCGUUUUUACCAUUCGACCCAAAAAAAAAAUCUGCAACUUCCUCAAAUCUCUGAAAAAGUCUCGUCAGUCUUCUUCAGUCUUCUUCCAAUCGUGCACCCAAAUUUCUCUCGUAUUUACACCAAUGUCCUCGCCUCCCCCGAUCCCAAUCUCAUCCCAACAAUCCUCCCACAACCACAAAUCCUCCAUCACCAUCCCGAUCCCAUCCCUCCGCCCCAUCCUCACGCGCCUCUCCGGCCUCUCCCGCCACGCGCUCUCCAACAGCCGCCCCUGGACCGAGCUCAUCGACCGUACCGCCUUCUCCAGACCGGGCUCGCUCUCCGAGGCCGCCUCGCGGGUGCGCAAGAACGUCGCCUACUUCCGCGUCAACUACCUAAUCGUACUCGCGGUCGUACUCGCCUACUCCCUCAUCUCCCACCCCUUCUCUCUCCUCACCCUAGUAACCCUCUCAGGCGCAUGGAUCUUCCUCUACGUGCUUCGACCGUCCGAUCAGCCUUUAGUGAUCUUCGGCCGCACGUUCUCGGACACCCAGGCCCUGUUCGGGUUGGGCCUCGCGACGCUGUUCGCUAUCUUGGUUACGAGCGUAUUGUCGCUGAUUCUGACGGCGGUGAUGGUGGGGGUAGUGAUCGUGUGCGCUCACGGUGCAUUUAGAGAUCCCGAGGAUCUGUUCCUCGACGAUCAGCAGCCGUUGGCUUCCGGGUUCACUUCAAUAUUCGGCGGUGGGGACCCCUCGUUUGGUUCUGCGAGUGCCAGUGUGAUGUCACGUGUCUAGGUUGUGAUGGUUGAUGGUCGGGACUCGGAAGACGUACAUACUGCUUAGCUACACAGUAUCACACUCCCGUGGGUCGGGUCAUAGGUGCUUAGAUCUGGUUAUAAUAGGGAUAGGACUAUUCAUUACUUAAAGACAAUUUGUUUUGUUCUCUCAAGUUUGCAUUUUUCUUUGUUUCGUUGAUGGCAAUUUUUAUUGUAUCUGAUUUUAUUAAUUCUAAUACCAUAGCCUUUUUUUCUUUUAACA